AUGAUAUCAGCACGACCUGUUCUCAUCACCGUCUUCACCUUGUUGGCAUUCGUGGUGCUGCUACUCCCAAGUUUACUAAUCGCCCCAUAUUGGUAUAAGAUGAUCCAGCGUAUCAAGCAGGAUGUGGAUUUGGACACCUACAACUUGCACUUGGGAUUGCAAUCAGAGAUUGAGAGCGUAUCAAAACUACUACAUCCGAUGAAUUCAAUGGCAACGAAUUUAGCAAGAGUUAUAAGCUCAUCUCUGAAUGGAACUGAAAUCUCCUUCUCCAAGAUCGAGACUAAGGUGGCUCCUUCAUUGUUUGAAGCAUUUUCAACAAUUCCUCACAUUUCACAGAUUUCAUAUAUUGGAUUGGAUGGUUUCUUCUUUUCCUACUAUAUAGACAACAAUCAAACUCUAGCUGUGUUCUUCAACUCUUCAUUUUCUUUUCAGUCAAGUGUGACAAGAAAGAACUACACAUGGUACAGACAACCCGUGGACAUUAUUACUGGGAGAGUUUAUGGAGAAGCCAUUAUAAUUCCUACCUCAAGUAUAAACACCACCUGGUUGCAAGAAGCUUUAAAUAGCACAACUGGAUAUGCCUCUUUAGGAACUGGAUGGAAUAAAGCUGGUAAUUCUCUAUUUCUUAACACAGUUAGUGUAAGAGGAAUUAGAGGGGCUGUCUCUUUGGGGUUUCCAGUUAAAACAAUAACUGAUUUCUACACUGCUGGUAUAAAUCUUUUUGGUGGGAGCUUGUCCAUGACUACAAUCGAUGGGGAAGUGCUGGUUGAAGGGCUCCCAAACACUCGUAUGAUCGUUACUCAUGAUUCGAUUUCCUUACAGUUGAAGAAGACAAAUGGUCAACAAUUAAGUCACGUUGAAUAUGUUUCAUGCGCACCUGGUAAUGCCAUCACCAAUAUUGUCAAAAUUGCGGAAACGGAUUAUAAUAUUUACUGUUCACUGCUUGAAAUCGCCGGCGUAAAAUCGGUUUACGCAUUGGCCGUGCCACAGAAAGGACUGGUCAGCCUUGUUCACAAAACUAGCAAGUUUGCCCUCAUUCUACUUGCUUUAAUGAUUACCAGCGUCGUAAUCUCCGUUCUUAGUUUCGUGUUCAUGAUGGUGAGAGGUGCAAAAAGGGAGAUGCACCUAUGUGCUGCACUCAUUAAACAAAUGGAAGCAACGCAACAAGCAGAAAGAAAAAGCAUGAAUAAGAGUACAGCCUUUGCAAGUGCCAGUCAUGACAUUCGUGCUUCCUUAGCAGGCAUUACUGGUUUGAUAGGUAUAUCCUAUAAUGAAGUUGCUCCUGGUUCAGACUUGGAGACAAAUCUAAGACAAAUGGACGGCUGUGCAAAGGAUCUUUUGAAUUUAUUAAACUCUAUUCUUGAUACAAGUAAAAUUGAAGCUGGAAAGAUGAAACUCGUCGAUGAAGAUUUUAAUCUGAGCGAGUUUCUUGAGGAUGUAGUGGACUUGUAUCAUCCUGUUGGCAUGAAAAAAGGGGUCGAUGUGAUUUUAGAUCCUUAUGACGGCUCGGUGAUCAAGUUUGCUUAUGUUAAAGGAGAUAGGGGAAAGCUCAAGCAAGUAUUAAGCAAUUUACUUAGCAAUGCUGUUAAAUUUACUUCUGAGGGGCAUAUAUCAGUUCGAGCUUGGGUUCGGAAGCCUAGUUUAGAAACUUCAAUGCUAGCUUCUAAUCGGAAUGGCUUGUUACAACGCUUAUCCAGAUUGUUUUACAAGAGCAAUGAAGCAAACGAUGACUUACAAGUUGUGAAUGCAGCGCGUAACAAUCCAAAUGCUAUGGAAUUUGUUUUUGAAGUGAGUGAUACAGGUAAAGGAAUUCCCAAAGACAAGCAAAAGUUGGUGUUUGAGAAUUAUGUACAAGUCAAAGAUGGACAAGGAGGCACUGGCUUAGGACUUGGAAUUGUUCAAUCUCUGGUUCGUCUGAUGGGUGGAGAUAUAGGAAUUGUGGAUAAAGCGCCUGGAGAACGUGGAACUUGCUUCAGGUUCAAUGUUUUCCUGAGCGUAAGUGAUCAGACUUCCUCCGGUGAUAAUAUCAAAGGAGAUACUGAGCUGAGAGAUGACUUCGCCUCAAGUAGCACACAAUACCAUCAGCAUCAACAUCAUAUGGGGUUGACCAUUUCUGCUCCUACUCCUGGCUUGACCAUUCGCACCCCAAGUCCCAGACUGACUAUUCUUAGCUCUAGUCCCAAGCUUGGGGGAUCCCAAGUUGUUCUGUUGAUCUCAAAUGAGGAACGCCUAAGAAUUUCACAAACAUUCAUGGAAAGUCUUGGGAUAAAUGUUUCGGUUGUGAAUCAAUGGGAGCGUCUUCAAUCUUUGCUCAAGAAGAUGAAAUCAAAGCUCAACCAUUCCCCUCAUGGCUCAUUUCGAAAAUCAGAUAUUAGUUUCAGGAGUGAUAUUUCUAGCUCCAGCUCAAAAGAUGUACCCCUAAGUGCCAUGGAAGGAACCGAUCAUAAGCUACCUGCAUACAAAAGAAGAGGUGCAGCCUUCGUACUUCUUGUGAUUGAUGCUAAUUCUGGACCAUUCGAAGAACUUUACAACGCUGUGACUGAAUUUAGAAGAGGCCUUCAAUGUUAUUGCAAGGUCGUUUGGCUGGGUAAACCAACUUCACGUAGCAGUCAUUUCGAUGAAGGGGAGAUGCUUGAUCCAAACGACGAAAUAAUAACAAAACCUUUUCAUGGGUCUCGUUUGUGUAAGAUAAUAAAGUUUCUACCAGAAUUUGGGGGUACCUUAUCACAAGGAAAUUCGGCUAGAUCAAUGAGAAAAAGCAGAUUUCAAGUUGGGGAGACUUCUAGAGAUCCCAGUCAGUCAUAUGCAAAGAGCUCUUAUGUAAGGUCAAAAAUAGAGACACCAGAAGAGGGGAUCUCAAACAGUGAAAAAUCGAAGGAUAGAAACCUACCUACACAGACAGAAAUAGAAGAAGAAUAUGGUGAAGCAAGUGAUGGGAAACCCUUGAGUGGGAAGAGAAUCUUGGUCGCUGAUGACAGUCCACUAUUACGCAGACUCGCCGUGCAAAGUCUUGAGAAUCUUGGUGCAACUGUUGAAUCAUGUGAAAAUGGCGAAGAAGCUCUACAAAAAGUCCUUGUUGGUCUAGCUCCUGACAUUCUUCCUUACUAUUUUAUAUUAAUGGACUGCGAGAUGCCAAAAAUGGAUGGCAAAGAAGCAACGAAACAGAUUCGCAAGGAAGAGAAGCGAUAUGGAGUUCAUAUACCAAUCAUUGCAUUAACUGCUCAUGGUUCAGGAGAUGUAGCGGAUGAAACAAUUCUGGCUGGAAUGGACGUUCAUUUAGUCAAGCCAUUGAAUAAGGAACAUCUCAUGGAAGCCAUCAGAUACAUCCACAACAAAGGAUAUGUUUGA